AUGGUGAGAGAUGAGAAAGUUAAUCAUGUAACCGUGUUCUGGGGCUACUGUUAUCCUGAAGCUUACAGAGAGCUGGCUGCUGUCUCGAUCCUCCGCUUUCAGGCUCUUACCGGUGAUCACGAACCCCAGGCUGUGGAUGGUCACUACGGGCUUUUUGUUGUCAACAUCAGUGAUGGAGAUGCGGAAGGUGCGGAACACGGGAUUGUAGCCAUCAGUUACUUCAAAUUCGAAGCUAUCCAUUUUCACCUCAUCAUCAGCAGUGUGUAUGUAAAAUAUUUUGUUGCCGGCCAGCUGGAGCUGUGUAAAGGACGAGAUGGGCAUGCCGGGUGUAUCUGUGCAUUCCAGGUGUCCUCUUAUCGGAGCGCGAGUGAUUGUGAAAACCAAGUGUUCAUCUGGGCUGUUGAGGCCGUUGUUGAUGGCCAUCCUCGGGGUUUCAUCGUCCACUGGGAUAAUCAUGACUACUACCGUUUUCUCUACAUUGAACUUUCCGUCUGUGAGGAGAAUGUCAAAGCUGUCCUCUGUGGUUUCAGAGCCAUCGUGCUCAUACACAAUAGUGGAGGCCUCCCUGAUCUGAUCCAAGGUGAAGUUAGACAGAGGGAAAGUGCCAGCGGUGAUCUGAUUGAGAAUAAAUCCGUGCCUGGGGGGUUUGGUGAUGAAGAAUGUGAGCUGAUCAGAAGGGAGAUCUGCAUCGGCCCCGUUCAGAAUGGGAGUGUCAAUGAUGAUGUUCAUGCCCUCCAUAACGACAAACUCUCUCAUGUAGAUCUCGGGCCUUUCAUCAUUAGAGGGGAUUAUGGAGAUGGGAAAAAAGUGCCUUUCAGAGAAAUUGAUGCCAUCAGAGCAUCUGAGGGUAAACCUGUCCUCCACCGGCUCAACUCCUUUGUGAAUGCUUUGAACAUAGUUGACGGGUCCUCUGGCGCCUCAGACUGGCGUAACAUCACCUGGCCAAGUAUGGAAAACGGAUGCUCAAUGAAUGAGCGCCAGCAGGAGCCAGGCAGCAGCAGCAGCACCGGUCCCGGGCAGAUGCGGGGAGAUGAGCAGAGCCAUUUGGAGAGCGGGGACGCGCUGAACUUUACGCACGCACUCCGGAAAACCUGCGCGCCUCGGUUAAAGUUUCAGGGGCGAAGAAUCCUCUGCGCACCCGAGAGCACGAAGCAACUCUCAGUUGGCUCUGAGAUACUGUAG